AUGUCUGAUAUUGAAAGAGUUAAAAGUUUGAUAAGAACUGUACCAGACUUUCCAGUGAAGGGUAUUUUAUUUAAAGAUAUCUUUCCAAUUUUUCAAGAUCCAACAGCUGUUGAAACAUUAAUAAGUCUCGAUGCACGUGGAUUCUUAUUUGGACCAAUUUUGGCUUUAAGAUUAGGUGCUGCUUUUGUUCCUGUAAGAAAACAAGGAAAAUUACCAGGAGAAAUAAUUUCUGCUGAAUUUGUAAAAGAGUAUGGUGUGGAUGUCUUUGAAAUGCAAAAAGAAGCUAUUAAACCUGGACAAAAUGUUAUUAUUGUAGAUGAUCUUAUUGCUACAGGAGGAACAGCACAUGCCGCAGGAAAACUUGUAGAAGGAAGUGGAGGUAAAAUUCUAGAAUAUAUUUUUAUUGUAGAAUUAAUAGAAUUAAAUGUUGUAUCAGUUGUACAUAUGUCUACCGUUCGACCUGGAUUUCCUCCUAAUAAAAGCACCUUUGAGUGGUGUUCUAAUUUAAAUCAACUUGAUAAAAAUGGAUAUGUGGAAGGAAAUGUAUUAUCUUCUUCAUUAUCUUAUCAUAUUCAUACAAUAUUUAGAAUUCAAUUAUCGUAUGAAUUAGGAGAAUAUUACUUUUCUAGAGAUAUUGGAAAAUCUGUAGCUUAUUUAUGUAAAUGUGCAAUUGAAGGUGAUCCUUAUGAAUCAACUGUAGAAUAUAAAUCAUUUUGUACAAUAGAUAAAAAACGCUUAUCAGCUUUAAUUAAAGGAACAGGAUUUUUAAUGAAAAAGUUUCCACCAUAUGUACAAAUAGAAUAUUUUAAAGAGAAUCAAAAUUAUGAAGGAAUAUAUUUAAUCUUAUCGAGAUCAUUCAUUAAUAAUAAUUCGAAGGUUGAUAUUAAAUUAGAGCAAACACGUAAUUUAGUUAUUGAAGCAGUUAGAUUUGGUCAAAUGAAUGCUGCCAUCAAAAUUGCCUUUUAUAAUGCAUUUAAUUUACCCUCUAAUGCAUCAAUUGAUGAAAUGUUUAAUGAAAUUCCGGAAUAUUGCUUUCAAUAUCUUGAGAAUACUCUUGAUGAAGAAUUAAUAAUAGAAUUAAUUGAAUUAUUAAAAACAAAAUAUGGAAACUUUUUUGGUCAAAAUUUAAGUGAAAAUCAAAGAAAAUUUGUAUCAUUAUUCUUUCAAAAAAUUGAAAAUGAUGAAAUUUGGAAAAUUAUUAGAAAUAUUGAAGGUCUGGAAUUUACAUUACCUCUUUUACCGAUUACAAAUUUUCCUUCAAUAUUUACCACUGUUGAUCAAUGCAUUCUAGGUGCUAAUGAUCGAACGAUUACCUUCCCCAAUAUUGUUGAUACGCAUAAUGUUAUUAAAAAGAAUGAAGGUCAAAUUCAUUGGGAAGAUUUAAAUGAAUCAUAUUUCAUUGAAGAUAAAAUUAACGAUGAAAGAUUUGUAGAAAUAGAAGAUUUAUGUUUUAAGACUUUGAAUAAUUUCCCAUUAUUAGAUUUACCUGUUUUGGAAAACAUAACAUUCAGGUUGUUGGACAAUUAUCGUUGGAAGUUUUUGAGUAAUUUCUUAACGAGUUUAUUAAAUUCAAAACCUAAAGAUGAAUGGAUGAGUCAAUAUUUUUCCAUUCAUCGAUUUUGUGAAUUCAUGAUUUCAUGUAUCGAAAUAUUCAAGUUGUAUUCUCCAUAUGCUCAAGAUGAUCUUGAAAAAACGAAUCAAAAAGAAUUUGAAUUAAUUCUCAAAAUGAAACAAGAUGAACUUAAAUAUUUACGAUCCAUAUCGUUUAAAUUAAUUAAAGUUCUGAAUUUAACUAAUUUCAAAUGCAUUGAACCUGCAUUCAAUACUUUGGCAAGACUCAAAAAUGUAAAAUGGGUUCAUCACAUUAUAAUGAGUUUAAUUGCCGGCUAUAUUUUAUGUAAUCAAAAAGAACGAAGUGAACAAAAACAAUUAAAUCAUCGUUUCUAUAGUCCAUUUAUGAUAUUAAUGAUGACAAGUAAAUGUGCAAAGGAACUCUGGCCAAAAGAAAAAUUUAAUGAAAUUGAAAAAAUUCUUGAUACCAAAAAGAAAUUUACUCUUUAUGAUUUAAUGCCACAUCUUUUAUACUUGUGUAUUGAAUCAGAGAAACAUAAUGAACCAAAAUUUCUUUAUGAUAUUCGGAUCGCUGAUAUUUAUCAUUUACAAGGUUUACCCAUCGUGUCUUUAAGGCAUAAUCUAAAUGCGAUUGCGAUUGUAACCUCAUCUUAUACGUUUCUGGAAAAACUUGAAGAAUUAUGGCCAAUUCAUACAAUAAGACAGAUGAUUAGUUGUUGUUUAUCACUUAGAGAAAUUAUGGCAGCAAUAGUUUUACAUCAAUUUAUUGAACAAGAAAAUAGUUUACUGAGUGCUACGAAAGGAUUAAUUGACUUUGCUAUAGAAUCCAGAGCACUUCAAGCAACAAAGUUUACUAAAUAUAUUUUUGAUGUGGAAUUAUUACAAUACAUUUGCGAUCGUUUAUUUAGGAAAGAGGAUAUGUUUUCAUUUAAUCAAAUUUCGAAAUGGCUGAAAUCAUCAUUAAAAGUACAAACGCCAUCGAUUUUUAGGAAAAAUUAUGUAGCAGAAGCUCAAAGCACUAAAUAUCAAAACAAUCGACAAAAUUUUAAUGCAAAAUAUCGAUUACGACGUGAUGCGAAUUGCAUAAAUAUUGAUAAGAAAAAACAAGAGAUCGAAAUUGAAGAAUUAAAACAUGAAUUCUUACACGAAUUGACGGUUUUGGUUGAUGAAGGAAAUAAUGAUAACCAAUCGAAUGAACAGAAUUAUCAGAAUAAUCGGAUUGAUUCAAUGGAUCCAAUGGAAACAGAUCAGAAAUCGGAACAAAAUUUACAAAAUAUUCGGUCAACUCAAUAA